AUGUGUGCCAGUGUGCCACAGUUUCCUUGUACCUGGAGUUGGUGUUCGGCGGUCGUACUUUAUAUUUCACGGACAGUUCUUGCUCUUAAAGAGGAUUUCGAGUAUCUUUUAUGAGUAAUCAAAAGCAGCAGAAGCCUACGCUUACAGGCCAGCGUUUUAAAACCAGGAAAAGAGAUGAGAAGGAGAGGUUUGACCCUUCCCAGUUUCAGGAAAGUAUUGUUCAAGGUCUGAACCAAAGUGGCACUGACUUGGAAGCUGUCGCAAAAUUCCUCGAUGCCUCUGGUGCUAAACUUGACUACAGACGCUAUGCAGAGACUCUGUUCGAUAUCCUGGUGGCCGGUGGAAUGCUGGCCCCAGGAGGAACCUUGUCAGACGACAUGACAUGCACUGACUUCUGUCUCUUCAAAGCACAAGAGGACAUGGAGACCAUGCAGGCAUAUGCACAGGUCUUUAACAAGCUCAUCAGGCGUUACAAAUACUUGGAGAAAGGAUUUGAGGAGGAGAUUAAAAAGCUGCUGCUGUUUCUCAAGGGCUUCACAGAGUCCGAGCGUAACAAGCUGGCCAUGCUAACGGGAAUUUUGCUCGCCAACGGCAACAUCUCUGCAUCCAUUCUCAGCAGCCUCUUCAAUGAGAACCUGGUUAAAGAAGGUGUUUCGGCAUCUUUUGCUGUAAAACUCUUCAAAUCCUGGCUUUCUGAAAAGGACAUUAACUCUGUUGGUGGCAGUCUGCGAAAGGUUGGCAUGGACAACAGGCUCAUGGAGCUGUUUCCUGCCAACAAGCGCAGUUGUGAGCACUUCUCAAAGUACUUCACAGAUGCUGGGCUUAAGGAGCUGUCGGACUUUGUCAGAAACCAGCAGUCCAUAGGUGCUCGCAAGGAACUGCAGAAAGAACUUCAGGAGCAAAUGUCACGUGGGGACCCCCUCAAAGAUAUUAUUCUGUCCAUGCGUGAGGAAACCAAGAAGAACAACAUCUCCGAGCAGACGAUGAUUGGACUAAUCUGGUCGUGUGUAAUGGGCUCCGUGGAGUGGAACAAGAAGGAGGAGCUAGUCACAGAACAAGCCAUCAAACAUUUAAAGCAAUACAGCCCGCUGUUGAAGGCUUUUACCUCCCAGGGACUUUCUGAACGUACUCUACUGCUGAAGAUCCAGGAGUACUGUUAUGACAACAUCCACUUCAUGAAGGCCUUCCAGAAAAUUGUUGUACUGCUCUACAAAGCGGAUGUAUUGAGUGAGGAGCCAAUUCUGAAGUGGUUCAAUGAAGCCCACCUCGCCAAAGGAAAGAGCGUUUUUCUUGAACAGAUGAAAACGUUUGUCGAAUGGCUCAGAAAUGCAGAGGAAGAGUCGGAGUCAGAAGAGGAGGAGGCAGACUGAAGACCACGACCUGUAACUACCACCAUGAUUUGUAUUUUUACAGAUGCAGGUCAAGGAUUUGUAACAAAAACCUAUAUUUCCUUUUUCCUUUUCUAUUCUCUACCUCCUCAUAUCGACUACAACUUCAAUGUAAGGGCUUUGAUACUUUUUAUGUUCUACAUGUUUUCUCUGUGAAUAAAUACUCGGGAGUCACAGUGCCACCGUUGAGUAAAUAGACUGGAAGCCCUUUCAUGUAAUUAAAGGGGGAUUUUUUUUUUUGGAAAGACAUUUCCCUUUAAAAUGAGCCAGUUCGAGGCAACCUACACAGCUAUUGUAUUAGUCAUUUAACUGUUAUUUGCCAGAGGCCUGUCUGUGCAGAUAAAAUAUAUUGCCACUUUUUAAGAUUCUGCUUCCAUUAUUGGUGAUGGAGCCGUUUCAAACAACGAUGAUUGCAGCAAACUGCCAUAAAAUGAAAUUAACUUAUUCCAUGCACCUUUUUAUGCUUACUUUGUAAGUUUAUGCCAUUCACUGUAAAUUUUGACUUUUUAAAAUAAAUGGAAAGUCAUGGUUUUAUGAA